AUGGCGUCCCACACCGCGGCGAUCCCCCCGAUGCCACACCCCAGCAGCAAUGGGGCCACCUUGGCGACCUAUCUCGAGCAUCUGGCGACGCAGGGCCGCGCGCACGGGGUCUAUGUGCACCCCCAGCCGCUCACCUUUGCGGACGGCGCAAUGAAAGCCAAUUGGCGGGACGCGUUUACGGCGGCCGACAACCUGCAAGGCCGGGGGCUUUAUAGCGAGUUCCUCCGCGCCCCUAAAGGCGGCUGUGUCGUCUGGGUAGCGCUUUUCUCGACGGUGGAGGCCAAUUGGGUGAAAGGGGAGCCCUGGCAGCAGAUCCCGCUGCACUGCUGGGCAGUGGCCCUCAUUCCGCGGGCAGACAGCCAACCGCGACGAGCGCUGCUGCUGUAUAAUGUCGAUCCCAUCCGGCCCGACCCCGCCCAGUUGAGCGAGCCACGCGCGCUCGAGCGGACCCGCACAUACCUGAGUAGGACACAGAAUCGCUUCCUCGAGCGCUGCCGCAAGGACAAGGUGGUCAACGAGAUUGUGUGGCACAACGCAGACCCGCAGUAUGUGGGCCGCGGCGAAUGUCUCCAGCGCAGCCUAGAAUGGAUCCAGUCGAUGAUAGCGGUGGGCGGACAGUUGUUUACGGGGGCAGACGACCGGCGCGUUACGCCUCACAAUACCAUGAAUCCGCGAUCUAACUCGGGCCGCCAACAGUGUGACUGUCGGUCGGAGGAGCGGCCCGCCGUCCAGGUGACCGUGCAGCAAGCCGCCUGCGGCCCGAUGCGAUUCUUUCAGGACACGGUGACCAUCCCUCUCUGCGACUGCCUCACCUUCAAUGACGUCCGGCAGCGCAUUCACACAACCUGGGCGCGCGAGGGGGAUCGGCCGAUUAUCCAGUGGGAGGGCCUGGAAUUCCAGCUGGGGGCACGUCAAUGGGGGGUCGGCGAGGGACAUGGGAACUACGACUGGAGUGAUCGGAUUGACCUCCAAAUUGCGGACCCGGGUUGGGAGCGCCUCUGCAUCACGGCGUGGGUCGUCCGCGCCCCGCCGGCCGAGGGGGCCUGCUCUCCCACCUGCCAGGUCCCCUUUGACCAGCAACCGUGGAUCCCGGUGGAGGUGACCACCGAGCCCCUGCGGCAAUGGAGCAUCCGCUCGGUGACCAUCCGUAUCUGCAACUGUACCAGCUUUGACCGGGCCGCGCAGCUGAUUGAGGGCCGCUGGCAGCGCGGCGGCGGGCCGCCCAUUCUCCAGUAG